ACAUUACUAACAAUUUACAAGAGAAAAGAAAAUAGAGAUGGAGUUGCAGGGUGGUAGAAUAGACUCAAGAAGUGGAUUUUGUAGCUCUAAUUCAAUCUUUUACAGCAAGAGACAACCCAUCUCACUCCCUCCAAACCACUCCUUAGACGCCACCACUUUCAUAUCCUCUCAUGCACAUCACGGCCACACCGCCUAUAUCGACGCCUCCACCGGCCGCCACUUGACCUACACACAGCUCUGGAGAUCCGUUGAAGCUGUCACCUCCUCUCUCUCCAACAUGGGAAUCAAAAAGGGAGAUGUUAUACUUAUUCUCUCUCCCAACUCCAUCUACUUCCCUGUUGUGUGUCUCUCCGUCAUGUCCCUUGGAGCCAUCAUCACCACCACUAACCCCCUCAACACAACUAGUGAAAUCGCAAAGCAGAUCGCAGAUUCCAAACCUGUUCUCGCCUUCACAAUCUCUUCAUUGGUUUCGAAAAUCAACGCAGCAUCGCCGACUCUUCCAAUUAUUCUCAUGGAUGUUAAUGGAGAGUCCUCGUCGUCGUCAUCAUCAUCAUCAUCAAAUUCAAUCACACUAGAGGAAAUGAUGAAGAAAGAACUAGAGUUGACAAGUGUGAGGGAGCGAAUCAACAAGGAUGACACAGCUACUCUACUUUACUCAUCUGGAACAACGGGACCAAGCAAAGGAGUAGUAUCAUCGCACAAGAACCUUAUAGCGAUGGUUCAAAAUGUGUUAACUAGGUUUAGCAAACAAGAAGAAACAUUCAUUUGCACUGUUCCCAUGUUUCACAUAUAUGGUCUAGGGGUUUUCGCUACCGGGCUUCUAGCUCUAGGUUCAACCAUUGUUAUUCUCUCCAAAUUUGAAAUGGACCACAUGCUUUCAUCCAUUGAGAGAUACAGAGUUAAUGUGCUACCUCUUGUGCCGCCGAUAUUUGUCGUUAUGCUUAACAACGCAGAUGCGAUUAAGAGGAAGCACGACUUGAGUUCCCUUCAUACGGUGCUCUGUGGUGGGGCUCCUUUGAGUAAGGAAGUUAUCGAAGGGUUUAUUGAGAAAUAUCGUAACGUUGUCAUUCGUCAGGGUUAUGGUCUGACGGAAUCGUCGGGAAUUGGGAGUUCGACUGACUGUUUGGAAGAGACUCGGAAGUAUGGGACGGCGGGGCUUUUGUCUUGUUCUACGGAGGCUAUGAUUGUAGACACUGAAACUGGUCAACCACUUCAGAUUAACCAAACUGGAGAGCUUUGGCUAAGAGGUCCUACAAUCAUGAAAGGAUAUUUCAACAACGAGGAGGCCACUAAAUCAACACUUACUUCAGAUGGUUGGUUAAGAACCGGGGACGUUUGCUAUUUUGAUCGCGACGGGUUCUUAUUUGUUGUUGAUCGGUUGAAAGAGUUGAUUAAAUACAAAGGAUAUCAGGUCCCUCCAGCAGAAUUAGAGGCUGUGUUACUAACUCAUCCUUCGAUUCUAGAUGCUGCUGUUAUACCGUAUCCAGAUGAGGAGGCUGGACAAUAUCCAAUGGCAUAUGUGGUAAGGAAGCAUGGAAGUAACAUAUCAGACGGCCAAAUUAUGGAAUUUGUUGCGGGACAGGUGGCUCCAUAUAAAAAAGUUCGAAAAGUGGCAUUCAUAUCUUCUAUACCCAAAAAUCCAUCUGGCAAAAUUCUUCGCAAUGAUCUCAUCAAGCUGGCUACAUCUAAGCUUUAAAGAGAUGAGCUUUUAAAUAAUAAGUGACGAAUCUUUUAAACUAUUUAUUUGUUCUAUCAUAAAACCCCAAGAAUGUAUGUUUAAUUAUGAACCAAAUACAACCUAUUUUUGAAGUAUUUCUUUUAAAUAAAAAUGAGUUGAAUAAUAAUUUUAACUAUA